AUGAGUAUUUUAAUGAAUGGCGCCAACGGAACCACUCUAGAUGAUUUGAUACAAUUUCUUAAAUAUAAUCACACAAAUGAUAGCGAAUCGGAUUUAAAGGCCAUAAACGCCGGCUUUCAGGUAAUUAGUGGUAAAUAUGGGACAAAUGUGGCCGAAGACCAGAAGCACACGUCUCGUAAUCAUGUGUUAAAUGUGGCAAAUCGUGUGAUAAAUAGUAAAGAAAUUGUUUUAUUGGAUGAUUUUGUCAUCACUUCGUCCGAGUCUUACGGAGCGGAAGUACAGGCGGUCGACAUCGCCAACAAUGCCGUCAAAGAGACCGCAUAUGUGAAUGAAUGGGUCAGAAGACACACCAAUAAUAAGAUAAAAAAGAUUUUUGAUAAGAUUGACGACAAGACAACACUUAUUAUACUGAAUGCCAUCUAUUUUAAAGGUAUUUUAAUUUAUAGCAAACAUUUAUUUAAC